UAGACCACGUGCCUCUUUUCCUCUUUCACUUUGCCCUUUCGGCAGUCACUCUGACAUAUCAGGAGAAACCACCUGGUCCCGAAAAACUGCUGCUUAAGUCAAGAUGUCCCUGUGCUGUUGGCUCAUUCUGGUGGCUUUCAUCCCUAUGACCCUAGGGACCAAUCCUGGAGUAAAGGUCAAGCUAACAGAAAAAGGCCUUGAGUACGGCAGACAACUGGGCAUGGCGUUGAUCCAGAAGAAACUCAAAACCAUCAAAGUCCCAGAUAUAUCAGGGGAAGAGUCAGUGUCUCCCAUUGGCAAAGUCACGUACAGCUUGUCAAAUAUGCAAAUAGAAGAUGUUGGAUUACCUAAAUCUGCACUGGAUCUUGUGUCGAAGACUGGUGUAAGACUGUCUAUUGGCAACGCUUACAUCAGUCUGCGGGGAAACUGGAGGGUCAGGUAUCUCCAUAUAAUAAAGGACAGUGGCUCAUUUGAUCUGAAUGUGAACGGACUCACUAUCAGUACAAGUAUUGCCAUCAAGAGUGAUGAGACCGGCCGACCAGCAGUCAGUACUGCCAACUGUGCUGCCACUGUUGGCAGUGUGAGCAUCAAAUUCCACGGUGGAGCCAGCUGGCUGUACAAUCUCUUCAAAAACUUCAUUGAUAAGGCAUUGCAAAAUGCACUGCAGAAACAGAUCUGCUCUCUGGUGCCUGAUGCAGUAUCUGAUUUGAACCCUACGUUGAAAACUCUCAAUGUUGUAGCCCAGGUGGACCAGUAUGCAGAGAUCGAAUAUUCCAUGGUGUCAUCGCCCACAGUUUCAAAUUCUUCUAUAGACUUGAGCUUGAAGGGUGAAUUUUACAAUAUCGGGAAGCAUGAGGAGCCUCCAUUUUCCCCCGCAGCCUUUUCCCUGCCACCCCAGAUCAACAAUAUGUUGUAUAUUGGCAUGUCUACCUUCACUGCCAACUCUGCAGCCUUUGUCUACAACAGAGCUGGAGCCCUCAGCCUGUACAUCACUGAUGACAUGAUCCCGCAAAGCUCUCCCAUCCGACUCAACACCAGGACGUUUGGAACCUUCAUCCCGCAGAUUGCCAAGCGUUUCCCAGGUCUGAUGAUGAAACUGCUGGUAAAGACGGUGAAAACUCCCUUCAUCACUUUUAACCCCAACAACACGACCGUCCAGGCCACUGGCACAGUGACGGCCUACGCUAUCCAACCCAACACCACACUCUCCCCUCUCUUUGUCCUCAACUUGGAAACCAGUGUCAGCGCCCAAGUGUUCAUCAGUGGGAUGAGGCUGGCUGGAGCUGUCACCCUCAACAAAAUGGAUCUGACCCUGGGGACAAGUUAUGUGGGAGAGUUUAAGGUCACAUCCCUCAACAACAUCCUGCAAAUGGUCCUCAAAGUGGUAGUGAUACCCAAACUGAAUGUUCAACUUGCAAAAGGAUAUCCACUUCCUACAAUUGGAAAGAUGAAGCUUGUGGAUACUCAGCUUCAGGUCCUGAAGGACUACAUGAUGAUUGGGACAGAUGUUCAGUUUUCCGGUUAAACUGCAUUCCUAAAAACCCCCCAGACUCCUUUCUGCACUGGGGCAUGUCAUUAUGAAGGCACAACAGCAGGCAUGAAAUUACCUGACAGAGAAAUUUCGAAGAAAUUGAUUGAUGUACAAGUAUUACUUCUUCUACAAGUCUAAGAAAUGCAGAUCUCCAGUUUGCAUUUGGAUCUCACCUCAGAUUUUUAACAUUUUUGUCUUUUUUUAUAUUUUUUCUUUCAAAUAUGAAUUCCGAAGCUUUUCUACAUUUAAGAUGUAGAUGAGAGCAGUGAACUGACCUGUCAUAACAGGAGACAUUCUGCAGGAGGGAGUUUGCUGUUGUCACCACAGUCAUCUUUUUUGAAAUAACAUGCUACUCCCAAAGCAGGUCACAGCACUUUCUGCUGCUGACUUUAGGCAGAUUCUUUCUCAAAGUUUCUGACUUUGUAGCUCACAGAGCAAUUGUACAAAUAUGCUGAUCCAUGGCAUUUUUAAGCCAGUUUGGAAAAAUCUCGAAAAAA